GGCACAUGAAGUCGAAGUCGCUUCUCGUCGCCGUUGCCCUCGCCUCGCGCUGCGAGGCCUUCGCCGGCCCGCGCCCGCCGCUUCGCACGAGCCACGCGCGCGGCGACGCGCAGCCGCACUCCUCCUCGCCCGCGCGCUUGCGCGGUGGCGGCGGCGGCGGCGCUGCUGCUGCGCUUGCGCUCGACGUCAACCCGGUGAUCCUCCGGCUGACGCGCGACUCGAUGGCCGAGCUUCUGACGAGCUGCGCGAUCGGCUAUGGCGCCACCAAGGCGGGAUACCUCUCCGGCUCUCAGAUACGAUCACUGGCCGGAGUCGUCUUCAACGUCUUUCUCCCGGCGAUGCUGCUCACGUCUGUCGCGUCGACCGUCGCCGAGCAGCAGGCGGGCGCGGCGCUGGCGGUGAUGCCGAUCGCCGCGUGGGCUCAGGUGGCCGUCGGCGCGUCCGUCGCUUCGGUCUCGCUGGCGCUGCUGCGGCUGCCGCGCCGCUCGUCGGCGGGCAGAGGCGUCUCCGUCCUCUCCUCAUUUGGCAACGCAGGCGUGCUCCCCCUCCUCUUCGUCUCGUCGCUCUUCCGAGGGGCGGCGCAGGAGGCCACCCGUCGCCGGGCAACAUCUCUCGUCGCCAUGUUCCUCCUCGGAUGGUCUCCUCUCUUCUGGACUCUCGGCUACGCCCUUCUCACCGGCCACGCCGCCCUCUCCCCCGCCGCCGCCGCCGCCGCCGCCGCCGCCGAGCCCGCCGCCACUGCCACCGCCGCCGCCCUCUCCCCCGCCACCUCCGCCACCGCCGCCACCGCCGCCACCGCCGCCCUCCCCGUCGGCGCCGCGAGGGCGGCGCGGCUGCGGCAGCUACGCGCGAGCCUACGCCGCGCUCUGAGCCCUCCGAUAGCCGCGUGUCUGGCCGGGCUAGUCGUCGGGUCGGCGCCGCCGCUCCGCGCCGCGCUGCUGCCUGCCGCUGCGCCGUCUGCGCCGUCGCUGCAGAGCUGGCUUCCCCUCUUCCGCUGCCUCGAGGCCCUCGGCAAAGCAUACUCGCCGGCAGCGCUGCUGGUGCUCGCCGGAUCGCUCGCCGCGCCUACCGAGCAGCGGAGGGCGGGGGAGGGGGAGCUCGGCGCGUCGGCGUCGCACGUGGUGGCGAUCGCGGUUGCGCGCUUCUGCGCUGUGCCGCUGCUCUCCUUCGCCCUGCUGCAUGCCGCGCUGCGAGCAGGGCUCCUCCCCGCCGACCCUCUGCGCGAUUUGGUGCUGCUGCUGCAGUCCUGCAUGCCGUCGGCGCAGAACUCUGUCUUGGCGCUGCAGGUGGACGGCAGCCCCGAGCGCGCAGCGAGGAUGGCGCGAGUGCUGCUGGCGAUCUACCUGAUCGCCGCGCUGCCGGUCGCCGGCAUCCUUUCCCUCCUCCUGCAGCGGUACUCGGCGGUAGGAGGGGUUGGACUAGCGACGCUCGGGCUGUGACGCGAGGGCAGGGCGGAGAACAUGCCGAGUUGCGAGUCCGACGCACCGGCCGUCGGCCAUGGCGGCGUGCGGGGUGUGGCGGAGGAGUUCGGUCGUCUCGGACGGCGUUUGCGCGCCACGUGUCCUCACCCACACCGCCACACGCCACACCGCUCGGCAGCCGACACACAGCCGACACAGCGACAGGCAUACUCGUGCAACAACCCGGCUGGGGGCCGCUCUGCAGCUGGUAGGAUUAGGCCGGGGCGCUUUUCACGGAACACGCGCGAUUUUACGCAUUACGGAAUUACCUAUCCU